AUGGGAGGUCGGUUCCUGCUGACGCUCGCCCUCCUUUCCGUGCUGCUGAACCGCUGCCAGGUCGGCUGCUCCGGGGUCUUCGAGCUGAAGCUGCAGGAGUUUGUCAAUAAGAAGGGGCUGCUCAGCAAUCGCAACUGCUGCCGCGGGGGCGGCCCCAGCGGUGGCGGGCUGCAGCAGUGCGACUGCAAGACCUUCUUCCGCGUCUGCCUCAAGCACUACCAGGCCAGUGUCUCCCCUGAGCCGCCCUGCACCUACGGCAGCGCCAUCACCCCCGUCCUCGGUGCUAACUCUUUCAGCGUCCCUGACGGCGCGGGUGGUGCCGACCCCGCUUUCACCAAUCCCAUCCGCUUCCCCUUCGGCUUCACCUGGCCCGGCACCUUCUCGCUCAUCAUUGAGGCUCUGCAUACAGACUCUCCUGAUGACCUCACCACAGAAAACCCAGAGCGUCUCAUCAGCCGCUUGGCCACCCAGAGGCACUUGGCAGUGGGUGAAGAGUGGUCCCAGGACCUGCACAGCAGUGGCCGCACUGACCUCAAGUACUCCUAUCGCUUUGUUUGUGAUGAGCACUACUAUGGAGAAGGCUGCUCUGUCUUCUGCCGCCCCCGCGAUGAUGCCUUUGGUCACUUCACUUGUGGGGAGCGUGGCGAGAAAGUCUGCAACCCAGGCUGGAAAGGCCAGUACUGCACUGAGCCGAUUUGUUUACCUGGAUGCGAUGAGCAACACGGCUUUUGUGACAAGCCUGGGGAAUGCAAAUGCAGAGUAGGUUGGCAGGGGCGAUAUUGUGAUGAGUGCAUCCGAUACCCAGGCUGUCUUCAUGGUACCUGUCAGCAGCCGUGGCAGUGCAACUGCCAGGAAGGCUGGGGUGGCCUUUUCUGUAACCAGGACCUGAACUACUGUACCCACCACAAGCCCUGCAAGAACGGUGCCACAUGUACCAACACUGGUCAGGGGAGCUACACUUGUUCUUGUCGACCUGGGUACACAGGCUCCAACUGUGAGAUUGAAAUUAAUGAAUGUGACGCCAACCCUUGCAAGAAUGGUGGAAGCUGCACUGAUCUUGAGAACAGUUAUUCCUGUACUUGCCCCCCAGGCUUCUAUGGUAAAAACUGUGAGCUAAGUGCAAUGACUUGUGCUGAUGGACCAUGCUUCAAUGGUGGGCGAUGCACCGACAACCCUGAUGGGGGUUAUAGCUGCCGCUGCCCACUGGGUUAUUCUGGGUUCAACUGUGAAAAGAAAAUUGAUUACUGCAGUUCCAGCCCUUGUGCUAAUGGAGCCCAGUGCAUUGAUCUGGGGAACUCCUACAUAUGCCAGUGCCAGGCUGGAUUCACUGGGAGACACUGUGAUGACAAUGUGGAUGACUGUGCCUCCUUUCCCUGUGUCAAUGGAGGGACCUGCCAGGAUGGUGUCAAUGACUAUUCCUGCACCUGCCCCCCAGGAUACAACGGGAAGAACUGUAGCACCCCAGUGAGCAGAUGUGAACACAACCCCUGCCACAACGGUGCCACCUGCCAUGAAAGAAACAACCGCUAUGUCUGCGAAUGUGCCCGGGGCUAUGGUGGGCUCAACUGCCAAUUUUUGCUCCCCGAGCCACCUCAGGGACCUGUCAUUGUUGACUUCACUGAGAAGUAUACUGAAGGCCAGAAUUCCCAGUUCCCCUGGAUCGCCGUCUGCGCCGGGAUUAUUUUGGUCCUCAUGAUGCUGCUGGGGUGUGCUGCUGUGGUUGUCUGCGUCAGGCUCAGAGUGCAGAAAAGGCACCACCAGCCUGAUGCCUGCAGGAGUGAGACUGAGACCAUGAACAACUUGGCAAACUGCCAGCGUGAGAAGGACAUUUCCAUAAGUGUCAUUGGUGCUACUCAGAUUAAAAACACAAAUAAGAAAGUAGACUUUCACAGUGAUAACUCUGAUAAAAAUGGCUACAAAGUCAGAUACCCAUCCGUGGAUUACAAUUUGGUGCAUGAACUCAAGAAUGAGGACUCUGUUAAAGAGGAACAUGUCAAAUGUGAAGCCAAGUGUGAAACAUAUGAUUCAGAGGCAGAGGAGAAAAGUGCAGUACACCUAAAGAGUAGUGACACUUCUGAAAGAAAACGGCCAGAUUCAGUAUAUUCCACUUCAAAGGACACAAAGUACCAGUCGGUGUAUGUCAUAUCAGAAGAGAAAGAUGAGUGCAUCAUAGCAACUGAGCACAAAAAUGAAGGCACAAGGGCUGCUAUCCUGUCUGCUUUAAAGUUACUGGCAGUGCUGGAGCUGAUAGAGAUAGGAUUCCUUACGGAAAUCCAGGUCACCCAAGAUCGCCUUUCCAUAGGCUCAAAACUAAAUGGACUGCAAAGGUUGGCAGUAGAUAUCAUGAGGCAUAAGCAAAAGCCUCUAUGUCAUGAUAAAAUGCUGGUGUUUCCUUAUGGAAGUCGACAUAAAGCUGUUUUCUACAGCCAGGGGCCUCAAUGGCGAGUUAAAUUCAGACAGAUUGUGAGGAGUGGAGAACAUGGGCCUGAGAAAAGGGACCCAGCUCCCGCCCUGACCCCGCUUUGUUCCUCCACCGUGGUCACCUGCCACCCUGCACAAAGGCCUGCGCCGCUGCCGCUGCUAACACUGAUGCCGCUGCUAACGCUGCUGCCGCUGUGUGCCCUGACCCAAACUGGCCUCAUUGGCUGUGGCCCCACUGUUGCUGGGGAAGGAAGGCUGGGGAAGGCUGGAAAGAGGCCAGUGAAGGCUUGA